UUCAAAUCCGAUCCAGGGGCGCAGGACACAAGCCCGAGACCAUGGCCUGCCUCGGCGUCCUCAUGAGCGCGCAGCUCCUCCCGCUCGUCGCCGCCUACCAAGUCGGCGUCAACCAAGACGUGCUUAUCCUCAAGCGCCUCGGCCACACCUCUCCAGGCGGCGACCUCGGGCCCGUGCACGCGCUCAUCGCACCGUGGCUCGAUCGCGUCGGCUUCCGCUUCGUGCGCCAGUUAUGCCCGACGUUGCUGCUUAGCUAUGCGCUCGAGUAUGGCCGCGUCGAUCUCUUGUGCGAGCUCGUGGCGAUAAAGACACUGUGCUUCGCCCGUGGGCACUGGACGCUCCGCUACGGGGCGUGGCACCGCUGCGCCUCCCAGCACCGUCAUGUGAAACGACACUACACCAGUGACCGCAACGGGAAUGUCCGCGACUUCGGCGGCUCCUGUUUCUACAGCAAGUACGGCCGCGAUACCAUUUCCGGCUCUGUGCGCCAUUUUGCAGUCGCGGCCUGUCUCGGCGACCAUGUCGACUUGCUUCGCUUUGCCCUCGAAAACGAAGCCCACAUGUCUCCAAAGACAUUGGUAGCGAUUGCGCUGCGUGGCGGUCGGCUCUGCAUCGUGCAGCACCUCUUUGAGCAAGGCGACAUCGCCACCUUCAAGGCCCACCACAUGCGGCGUGCUGUAGCCAGCGGCAGCCCGGACCUCGUGGCUUUUCUCUUGGCCAACAGCUCUGGCAGCAUGAUCGCAGAGGCUUUCCAAGAAGCUGCAACCCAGAACCAGUUUGCGCUACUUCAAUGGCUCUGCACUGCGUACAGCGAACCAGUGUACUGGCGCAUCGCGCUCGACGUCGCUGUCGCCGACCUCCAAUUUGAUGUGAUCGAGUACUUUGCAACAACGCUCGGCUUUCAUCUCACGCCGAUCGGAGCAGCGCGCGUGCAACGACGCCACCAGCGCGACGAAACAGCCGACCGCAAGCGCAAGCGCAA